GUUGCGGAUGAGAACAUAACCACUGAACGUGGUUGUUCGCCGAGAUGAUUUUUAUGCCAUGGCCAUACCUUCUGGAAAAAUUCUUAUACCUCUCGAUCAGCUUGACGUUAUUGUUUCGCAGCAAUAAAUAGCAAAGAAGACGCAAAAAAUGGAGUAAGCAAUACAUUUCGAAGUAGUGUGCUUGAUGACUCAUGAAGGUCUGUAAAUCAAACAGCAUAUUCAUUGACUAGAUUCUAGAUCAUACGCUACGUUGUUACAUAAAAACAGUCCCCAUACGUGAGACAAAGGAAGAAACAAAGCCAGAAAGACAAAGCUGACAAAACAUAAACAGUGAAAAUAUUGCGAGUUGCUAAGGAAAUCAUCAGUUCCGAAGAGGUACAAGGGAAUGUCCAUUGAUGAGCAUUUCGCGCCGAAAGAAAAUGAUACCUAACUCGGGUGUUUGAAGAGAUCAGGCGUUCGAUUGCAGUGCGCUAUCAUUGCUUUAGUUUCCUACGUAGCGCAAGAAAACUUCCUUUACCAGAAGCAGGGUGCGUUCAUUGUUUUCUGGUUUGAUUCUUUGCCAAAAGGUGGGAACGAAUAAGUUCGCGUGUUCAAAUCUUAGUCACGUAACUUCGCUGAACGACAUUACGUUUCUUGUUGUGCAGCACGUUUCCCAGGCGUUUUCUUAACACGCACGAUUUCACAAAUUGAAUAAAGCUUAAUAGGCUUCAAAACCCCAUAAGCAAGUCUUUUGAUCAUUAGAUUGAUCCCUCUCAAACCACAAUGGUUUCAAUUGGCAACGCUUAAACUGCCAAGCGCACGAGCCACUGAACGAAAUUAACUUUUGGAUUCUUGUGACUUCCUGAUAUUUGUUUUAUGACCAACACCUCACACUAGCUUGAAAUAUCAACAUAAACAGAAUGCAUUGAAUAGCAUAUCUUAGAUUGACUAGAAGUAAACUUUUCAGUUUAUUAUGCGCCUAUUUUCAAUUCAUAGCUCCCCGGAUCUAGACUCUAUAUUCAUGUCUUCAAAUCACGCUAAAAAUGACUACAAGUAGUCCUUUGCCUACGAUGUUUUGGCAGCCCAACUUCUAAAAAAUAAAUUCUCCUGCUUUCACAAUAGCCUUAAAUGAUUGUUAUCUCAGUAAUUUGCUGAAUUUAUGCCUUCAAAAGGUUGCUCCUCCUCUAGGCCAGUAUUCGUCCGCCCAUAAUUCGCUCCAUUUUCCAAAUAACUGCACAGCGCCUGCUUCGCUAAAAAUCUCCUCUUAUCAUCGAGAGACGUGCCGUAAAACUUAAUCUCCGGCAAAUUUUAGAAAUCUCUAGAUUCCUUUAGAGAAUUCGAGGUAAUACUGUUAAGUUUGGCGAUAUCAAUCCGCGUAUUAUUUGAUAGCCCGGCGUGUGAAAGGAAAAAAAAGCUACGAAAGCAGCCAAUGGUAUUACGCAUUUCCUAUUCAUUAUUGCGUGACUAAUAUAAAAACCCCGGGAGACGAGCUGAAAGACAAGGUACAUUGCAUAACAACAAUAGUUAUAAUGAAAAUGCAAGUGCAUUUCCAUAAAACAGAGUAGUUUCGCAACUAAAAAAUAGUAUGAACAGUCGGCAAAAGAUUUUGUUGUAGCGUCAGGAGAUUGCAUGCGUCUAACCUUCCGGUCAAGAAAGAAAACAUUACGCAGAAACAUUCAUCACCCUGUCAGAUUGAAUUUUUCCUCGAGAUUGACACGUGAGUAUCGAAGUGGAUUACUUCAAUACUUUGACCUUUUUUUUCAGAGAGCAAAAUUGACGUUUUCAUUAUCCCGACAAAUGUUCGCCGCGUCAAAGAUUGAAUGUCCUUUGUCCAGUGUUUAGAUCUCCUUAAUCUGUCUACAAGCGGCACUAUCUGACAACAAGAAGUCGCGCCUUACAUCGUUUCUUAGACUCCUGGUAUAACGCCAUCAUGAUCGUACUCGGCAUUUGUGCGGUCGUAAUCGUGGUUUUUGCGAUAACUGCAGCGAUGAGCGACAAGGUCCGUGAAGCCGUAAUAUCAUCGAAAAUCUACAAGAAAGGUUUUGCAGUCCAUAUGAACUUAUUCAGUCGUAUUCACAACAACGCCGUCAGGAAACACAAAGAGGACAUUUUCGAGAAAUUGAAGUCAUCCGUGGAAAGUGUUGGCGGUGGCGAUAUUUUGGAGAUCGGAGCAGGGACCGGGGCAAAUUUUGAGUUUUUCCCCGAGGGAAGCUCUAUCAUAGCACUUGAACCAAAUCCACACAUGGUACCAUACUUAAGGGAAAACGCUGACAAGUUCCCGCAUGUGCAGCUCAAGAACAUCGUACCAGGUUUUGCCGAAAACAUGGAUGGGAUUCCAGAUGCAUCUGUCGCCGCUGUUGUAUGCACCAUGACACUGUGUUCAGUGAGUGAUGUGAAGGCAACAUUGGCUGAAAUCAAGAGAGUUCUGAAGCCUGGAGGAUAUUUUUAUUUCUUGGAGCAUGUAGCAGAUGAACCAGAAACAUGGAGGAACUCCUUCCAACGAAGAUUUGACAACCAGUGGAAAUAUCUCGGCGACGGAUGCUCUUGCAGCAGAGAAACGUGGACCCACCUGGACAAUGCCAGCUUCAGUACUGUGUCUUACAGAAAAUUUGACCUGAAAGAACUUACUGUGCUUUGUUACUUGAUUCGACCUCAUUUAGCUGGGCAUGCUAUAAAAUGAGGUAGCAUACAUAAUGGACGUCGCCCCACGCAAAGUUGGGCGAGAAACGUUCGACCCUUCACAAGACAAACCUUUUUACAUUCACACCAGAGAGGGGUUUAUAUUGGUUCACUAUCAAGUAUAGCCUUUUUACUCCUAGGGAGCGGAUCCCAAACAGUUAUUGAUACAAGGUGGGGAGAUGGGGAAGGUGGCGGGACGGUGAUCGUGUUUUGAUAGUAAAUUACUCCAAGUGCAAAGUACUCACAGUUUUUCUUUUCUCACACAAUUCGGCCAUCAUUAGUGCUUUUUCUCGGAGCCUUUUUUGUAUUAAGGAUGACAAAAGAGUCUAAGAAUUCCUCUUAUGAACCGCCAGUAAUAUUAUGUUUCCUUACCGUGUUUCAUUGAAAAUCACCC